AUGUUGUCGAUGGAUUCAUUAUGGUGUGGCUCUGAAAGUGAGUUGUCCACAUUGAGACUAUGUAAGAGUGCAGCGGAUAGACCGGAGUACCGGCUGACGAGACGCAAGCCCUCCAAAAGCCUGAUCCCGCAAGCAUUACUGCACGCGCCGGAGCCGCAGCCCAGGACACAUCGCCGACGAAGGUCUGGUACUUGGCCACGGACAAGAUCCCUGAACGCGCCCUCGCCGAUACAGCAGUUUGGACCAUGCGGCAGAAUAAUGAAAAAUUCGGCUAUGGUUAUGCAAAUCCAGGACCCGGCAUCGCAGCGGCUGACGUGGUACAAACCGCCGCUGACGGUUCUGGUCAUCAAGAAGGUCCAUGAUGCCACCAUCCUGGCGCCCUUUGUGCAACUUGUACAUUGGCUCGUUCAUGACAAAAGCAUGGUGGUCUUCGUGGAAGCGGCAGUACUUGAUGACAGGUUACUGGCCGAGUAUGGAGACUUCACGUCCGUCAAGGAGCGCCUGAUGACCUUCAGAGCUAGUACUGAUGACCUCACGGACAAAAUUGACUUCAUCAUCUGUUUGGGAGGAGACGGCACGCUGUUACAUGCUAGUUCAUUGUUCCAGCAAUCAGUACCUCCUGUGAUGGCAUUCCACUUGGGCUCUCUAGGCUUCCUCACGCCGUUUGAGUUCAACAACUUCCAGGACCAAGUCAUGAACGUUUUAGAAGGACACGCAGCGUUAACGCUCCGGUCACGUCUCCAAUGCGUAGUGCUACGCAAAAGUAGGGACGAUAAAGAUGGCAAGGAAAAAAAGAAGCCGACUACCAUACUGGUGCUGAACGAGGUGGUGGUGGACCGAGGACCUUCGCCUUAUCUCUCCAAUAUCGAUCUAUUCCUGGAUGGGAAGCAUAUUACCUCCGUGCAGGGAGAUGGUCUAAUAGUAUCAACGCCGACGGGUAGUACAGCGUACGCAGUAGCGGCGGGGGCGAGUAUGAUCCACCCGUCAGUGCCCGCCAUCAUGGUGACACCAAUCUGCCCCCACUCACUGUCCUUCAGGCCUAUCGUGGUCCCCGCUGGAGUGGAGCUCAAGAUCGCACUGUCUCCAGAGGCGAGAAACGCCAUGUGGGUUUCGUUCGACGGUCGCAACCGACAGGCGUUGCAACAUGGAGAUAGUCUCUACGUGACGACAUCAGUGUACCCUGUGCCCUCAAUAUGUGCUCAGGAUCAGAUCUCCGACUGGUUCGAUUCAUUAGCAGAGUGCCUGCACUGGAACGUGCGAAAAAAACAAAAACAAAUCGAUGAACUCAGCGAUCUGACGCAUUCAUCCAGCGAUAACCUUGAGGAUCUAGAUCAGAACCACCACGACGAACGACCUGUCGACACAUGA